AUUUUAUUUCAAAAUUAGCUGUAUUUAUAAUGAUGUGGUUAUGUAGUAGAUGCAUGAGUCGAACGAUAUUUAUUACUUUUCAAAUAAGGAAGUUAAUCCAUGAAUUGAAGUCGGAUAAUAAAUUUGUAAUCCACUUUUGGAAGCGAGCAAGAUUUCACAAUCGUCGCUUACGUUACGACUUACGGUACGGUGCUAGAACUUGUGUCCCCAAGACUCCGCUCCGAGACCGAGUCCCGCUGCGCUGUCCACGUAGCUUGGUCCACGUCCACUGUGAUGUGCUGUCGGCCGUCGAGUGCUGUAGAUUGAAGUGGCUAAUCUAAAAAAAGGUUGCAUCAGAGUAAGACCAAAAUGUCAAGGGAGCUGAAAGCAGUCCGUUGUCCAACGGACCAGCUUUCUUUGACAAAUAGAGCGGUUGUAUCAGACAGAGAUGCUUAUGCACGUGUUGAUUAUGUACAGAUCCAGGCUACUCCAGGGCCAAGCUAUGUGUUUGCUAUAAUAACACAUCCAGAUGUUAAAGUUGGAGAAAUGGGAUUCAGUCUUCCCCAGAGGAAAUGGGCUAGAAUAUCAAUAGACCAACCAAUUCAAGCUGCCCCAUAUAGAUUUGAUCCAAGUUGCCAGUACUUGAGUUCUAUCACAGUGGAGGUUGAUUUCUUGCAAAAGAAAAACAUCACAAAUGAAGCUUUUGACUCGGACAAAAUGGCGCAAGAUUUCUUGGGGUCAUUUGAUCGUGUGGCAUUCACAGUUGAACAACAGCUGGUCUGCUCAUUCUACAACAAGAAACUGAUGGGACUGGUUAUCAAAUCUGUAGAAAUUCUUGAUCCUGCUAUCUUGAAGGGAGGAAAGCCUUCAGCCAGAAGGAACAAGGAAGUAAGGAUUGGUGUCCUUACCCAGAACACACAAGUCACAUAUGAGAAGGCAGAUGGAUCUGCACUAAACCUCAUUGGCAGAUCAAAGGGUCAAUCAGCGAAUCAAUCAAUCAUCAACCCUGACUGGGAUUUCAAGAAGAUGGGCAUUGGUGGAUUAGAUCAGGAAUUUUCAGAUAUCUUCAGGAGAGCUUUUGCUUCUCGAGUUUUUCCACAAGAAUUUGUGGAACAAAUAGGUGCUCAGCAUGUGAAAGGUAUAUUACUGUAUGGACCACCAGGUACGGGUAAGACUCUGAUGGCUAGAACUAUAGGAAAGAUGUUGAACUCAAGGGAACCUCAGAUUAUCAACGGUCCAGAGAUCCUUAACAAGUUUGUAGGAGAGUCAGAAGCUAACAUCAGAAAACUGUUUGCCGCUGCAGAAGAGGAACAGAAAAAGAUGGGGAAUAACAGUGGACUCCAUAUAAUUAUUUUUGAUGAAAUUGAUGCCAUAUGUAAGCAGAGAGGUUCAAUGUCUGGAAGCACCGGUGUCCAUGAUACUGUAGUCAACCAGCUCCUGUCAAAGAUUGAUGGGGUUGAACAACUCAAUAAUGUUCUUCUCAUUGGUAUGACAAACAGGAAAGAUCUGAUAGACGAUGCCUUGCUUAGACCAGGUAGAUUAGAGGUUCAAAUGGAAAUUGGUUUGCCGAAUGAGGAAGGGCGUAUCCAAAUCAUAGAGAUCUAUCUUGCCAAGAUGAAAGAAAACAAUAAGCUGAGUAAAGACGUGAAUACUGAGGAGCUUGCCACAUUGACCAAGAAUUACAGUGGUGCUGAGAUUGCUGGUUUGGUCAGGGCAGCUCAGUCUAUGGCUAUGAAUAGCCUCAUUACGGCAUCCUCUAAAGUCGAGGUUGAUUAUGACAAGGCUGUGAAGAUGCAGGUUUCAAGAGAACACUUCAUGCAUGCCAUGGAAACAGACAUCAAACCGGCCUUUGGUGUGAGCAGUGAGAACUUUGACAAGUUUAUCUUGAAUGGGAUCAUUGACUGGGGAGAGCCCGUCCAGAGGGUGCUGGCCGAUGGAGAGCUGGUGGUCAAGCAGACCAAGGCCAGUGACCGGGUACCACUGGCCAGUAUGAUCAUGUCAGGACGGGCCGGUAGUGGAAAGACAGCUUUAGCAGCCAAACUUGCAUUGGAAUCAGGCUUCCCAUUCAUCAAGAUCUGUUCACCAGAAGACAUGGUUGGAUUCUCAGAAUCGGCAAAAUGUCAAGCCAUUAAGAAAAUCUUUGAGGAUGCAUACAAGUCUCAGGUCAGUUGUGUGGUGGUAGAUGACAUUGAAAGAUUGCUUGAUUAUGUUCCCAUUGGACCUCGUUUCUCGAAUCUGGUAUUGCAAGCUCUCCUAGUACUCUUGAAGAAAGCCCCACCUAAGGGUCGUAAGCUGCUUAUCAUCGGUACUACGAGCAGCCAUGAUGUACUAGAAGAGAUGAAGAUGACUGACAUAUUCAAUACCCAGAUCAGAGUACAUAGUCUUACUACAAGUGAUCACAUUGUUAAAGUAUUAGAGGAGCUGAAAGCCUUCACGCCUGAGGAAAGGGAAAGGAUCAGGACCAAGACCCAAGGCAAAUCCCUCCUGAUUGGUAUCAAGAAGCUCCUAGUCCUCUUAGAGAUUGUCAGACAGACAGAACCAUCCUACAGAGUACCCAAGUUCCUGGCGCUGAUGGAGGAAGAGGGAGGGUUAGAGAUGUCAUAAAGAUUAUUUCCUGUAGAUACAUCAUUCAUGCCAUCAUUUGUGGUCAAGAAAGAGAGAUAAGAAGAAUUUCACCCAGAGGAGGAACAGAGACGGAACUAGCAGAAAAUGUGGCACUGUGGGUAAUCAAAGGAGACCAUAAUGAACAGCCUGGACCCUGCCAAGGUGUAGAAUAGUGCUGAGUAGGACCGUUAGAUUGAUGCUGCUUGUAUACUUAAAAAAGAAAUGUUCAUUCCAGAUUGUCAACCACUUUGAAGUUAUAAGAAAAUAUGAAAUACAUCUAUUUAUAGAAGUGUAAUGUGCAUGAGUUUGUCAAUAAUGUGAGAAAGAUUAAAAGCUGUCUUCUUAUCACUCUUUGCAAGAACUUGCAAGUAUAUUUAUGUACUUGGAACAUUUCAUCAUGCAAUUAGUAUUGUAAAACAAUUUCUUUCUGUUUUGAAAGUAUGGGUUUGAAAAAAUGUACAGAAUUAGUCAAAGGAAUUCACAGAAGAGCCAUUACAGUCUUUCCUUUAUCUAUUCAGUCUUCUUUUGUCAGAUAUUUCAUUACUGGAGAGUCAAAGUUAUGUGCAAGGGUAUAGGAAAGGAUCUGCGUGUGCGAAAAUGAUCUCUUGCAAAAAAAAAAUCUUGCCUGAUAUGUAUUAUCAUCAAAUGUUUUAGAAAUAAAGUUGGAAACAAAUGAAUUACGAAUGUGAUUGGUUCCCUUGCAUAAUGAACAUCGCUCUAAUUUCAUUCUUGUGGUAAGUUAGGAUGAUGCAUUGGUAUUGUGUGGGAAUAGAUAUUUUGUGUUCCAUUUUGAAGCCAGAUAAAUAAAUAAUAAAUAAUAUAAGAUUUGUAUAGCGCACGUAUCCACCUUGCUAGGUGCUCAGGGCGCUCCUUUAUUACCCUGGCUAAGCUAGUCUACUGAUUCUGGUGUGCACAGCAGACACGCAUCCAACAAAAAAGUUGUAAUUUACACAAUAGUUUUGAUAUUCAGAAUUCAUGUGUCCAGCAUUGAAAUCUUCUACUAAUGAAUGUCAGUCCCACUUGAAUGUUUAUUGCAAGUUUUGCACAUGAAAGCCAAACCAAAAUUUAUAAUGGAAUGGUAGUAUGCAGAAAUAUUUUGUAAAUGUCAUCAACGUUCUGUAGCUCUUUAAAUAUCCCAAUAUUGCAUCCAUCAACAGAAGUACAGAUUUUGCAUAUUGUUUCUUAAAUGAUUAUUGCUAUGUGGAUUUUAAAAACUAAUCCCACAGUGUGUGCUUGUGCAUCAUUAAAACAAUCCACACCAUAUCCAAUCCAAUUCAAAGGUUGUUUGAUAUAGCGCCUUUUCCUUUCGGUUAUCCUAGGCUGCAUCUACAGCUAAGAAAAACAAAAGAGGCGAGAGAUGUAUGAAAUUAAUCUAAUGAAAUUAGAUAAAAUGUUCAGUGUUUCCAAGAAAUGUAUGUCUAUGUUGUUCAUAGAAUGGAAAGAUAGAUUUUCAGAUAUUUAUAACUUCAUAUUCAUAAUCUUAUUGACUUGUGCUAUUUGGUACAAAGUAUAUUCAAGCAAUUAUAAAUUUAUCAACAGGAUUAGAUGUUUACACAGAUGUCUAUGCUAUCUAUUUAUACUUGCAUUUACACAGCAAUAGAAAUGAUAUAUCAUACUACUAAUGUAACAACGUAAUAUUCCCAGUAUCAACUAUUUUCUCAGCUUGUUGUUGAUAGCAUUUCACCUCAUUUAUUACUUUUUGUGACAUAUUUUUAAUUAUCAUUUUGUUACUGUAUUGCAUUAUAUCAGUUAAUUUUCAUCCCAGAUAUUUGUUAUCGCUCAUAAUACAUGUACAUGAGCAGUUAAUGAAAAUGCAUUAUAUAUCUUUUUUUAAUUUCCAAUGAAAUACAAGACAAGAACAAUAAAAUCAAGAUUGGCUGAAACAAUAAAUUGUUUUUCUUUUUACGAAAGGGAGUCAAGAAGAAAUUCCACUAUCCUACAACAUAAUGAAGAUGUGUAGAAUGUGAUAUCCAACUAGAUUAUUUUGCCAAUUGACUAUUGAAGUUUUGCAUAGAUGAUGUGUUGUUUGGUCAUGUAUAAUGUGGUAUCUCAUUUUUUAAUCAUUUCUACAGGACUUUGAAUUAUACCUCAAUUAUCUUUCUGAUAAUUUCCCGCCUUCAGUGGUUUGCUAAAUAUGCUAAACAUACUGUAUACAUCCCUCAUUGUAUUGCUACAACAAUAAUCCCUUGUAGAGAUUCAUUUAUAUGGGAAGAUUUUUUUUUUUUUUUGCUGAAAAAGUGUUAGAAUAUGCUAUUCAAUAUGUAUUUGCCAUUAGGCAUAGUUAAAUAUAAUUAUUAAUUAUUUCUACAGGAUUGAAAAUGAAUAUAUCUUCAUACUAUUACUCAGCUUUUCACAUUCUUUUUUUCAUCUUCAUAUAAUGGGUCAUGUUGAUGUACUCAGUAUGUUUGUUGAAUCAUAUUCCAGCUGUUAUGCACUCUAAUGCAGAAAGCUUAAUGUUUAAUAUGAUUUCAUUCUAGAACAGUCUUGGAGUUUUUAAGAAAAGAAAAUCAUUAUCUUAUGCUAAAAAUAUUCAUUUUGAUUUGAUAAAUUGUGUGUAAAUUAUUUGUGCAUGAUUACUAUUUAUGAACAAAAAGAUAUAGACUGUCAUGCAUGUAUGUGUAUAUGCUAUCUUUAUAUUGUAAAGAAAAGCAUGUUUGCUAUGAAAGAAUUGUGCUUAUAACAGGGAGUGUAACAUUCCAAAGUACAUGUAUGUAUGAUAUUAUAAUUAGAAUUUACUAUGAAAUGGUAGUUUUCUAUGUUUUCCCUUCCUAAUAAUCUUGAAUAUUUAGUCUUUUUACCACUGAAAGUUUUCUUCAGAUUGUGUGUAUAGUAUGUCCAGUAUUUGCAAACUUUGUAAUAUCAGUUUCUAUUUAGUGCUCUUUGUAACUUGUUUUCUUUCUCUUAUCAUUUACCGUGCAUUUUAUGGAUUUAAAUUAUCAGCAGCAAGAUCUGGUGUUCUAAAAGGAACACCGAAACAAGUUGCUUACAAUUCUUUUUGUUGUUUCAUGUAUUCAUUUCUAUUUACAUGAGCAUAGAAGUAUUAUAAUUUAUCAAUGAUAAUUACCUGGAAGAAUUUACCUAUGCAUUCAUGUUGUGAUUUAUCCUUUACAUGCAUUUUUUGAUAUAGUAUUUAAAAAAUAGUUAAAUAUGUAGGCUAUACUAUGUGAGAGUGUGACUCUGAUCAUUACUAAAUGAUUAAUCUCUGGUCAAUUUUACUUACUGAUAUAACCCAUUUAUAGGGUUAUACAUUUACCUUCCCAUCCCUGGAGGCCAGAAUUCUAUUUAGCACUGAAAAUAUAUUUCCUUACUGUUUAAAGGACAUUGAUUUUCCAAAGGAUGGUUUUCGCAAGCUAUGCAGCACCUCAAGUUUGCUAUCACUUUUUCCCUCAUGAUUUCCACUGUUUUUCUUUUUCAAUAUGUUUGGCUUCCAUUCUUUGAUGGCACAAUCCCUCUGGGGAACUGACUCCAGAUUGAUCAAAGCUGUUACGUUGUUACCAAUGACCAAUCAUUGGUCGGUUUGGAGUUGGUGUCGUUGGUAUGACUGUAGCAUAAGCGUAAUUUUGAAACCGAGGUUAAUGUACAUUCUUAAAACACUGGGAUAGAACAACCAAAUUAAAGAACAGCCAUAUAUGGCUACAUGUGUAAUGUUCACAAAGUUGACUACCUAUUUUUGUUUAAAAAAUAACAUGGAUGUCAGAUCGGAUCAGACCUUCAUUAAAAAUAGAAGAAUUAUAGAACUCAGUAGCAAGCAUAUUAAUUCACAAAUAUAGGAUACUAUGGUAUUUGAUUUUUGUACAUUUUUGCCCUGUUCCAACCUUUGUUUUAUAAAAGCAAGUCAUUAGAUAUUUGCUUAAUGGAGUAGCUUCUUUGUGCAGAUUUCAAUUGGAUCAGAUCAGUGCUGUGGUGCUAGAGUUACAAUCAUUUACUCAAGUCACUGAUACAUUACAACCCUGGUAGGUGUUUCAUAAAACUGUAAGUUAUGGUUGACUCUAGGAACAACUGGUGACCCUUUCUUGUGAUAAAUGAUACACCAGAUAUUUUAUUGAUGUUGUUAGUUUGUAAAGGAGACGUGAUGGCUCAGUUGGUAGAGCGGUGGCUUCGGAUUCCGGUGACCCGGGUUCGAUUCCCACUUGAUGCGUUAGUGCCCUUUGGUAAGGCUUUAAUCCUCAUGAGGACAUUAAGCCGUCAGUCCUCUGGUUGCUUGCUACCAAGCUUUCAUACCUUAGCAAUCAGGUACAAAAUCACCACCAUUUACCAUUUAAAGUCGCUCAUAACUUACAAACAGCUUUUUAGAAACACCCACCUGGCUGAAGAUCCAAUCAGUAAUUAAAAUUGUUUCAUGAUAUCUUUUUGUUGAAGUGAUAUCACAGCAUUAUUCCUUUCCACGGAAAUUGAAAGCGGUGCAACAUGAUAAGACAUGCAGACAAGGAUAGACAUGCAAGAUGCAGAGAAAUUAUAGUACCUUGUGUCAGUUUCAUAGAUUUAUUUACUGAAUGUUAAAUACCAGCUGAUGAAAUAGCAGGGGAUGGGGAGUUCCAUUACAUAAAUUUCUAUACAUCCUUAGUCAUUCUAGAAAUAUACUUUUUCAUACUAAGAUGAAAGGAAAAAUAAAAGGAAAAAUUGCCAAUUCAUGAAUUCUGUAUAUGUAGUCAAAUCAGAUUUGAUUCUUAGAUUUGAUUCUUACCAUUCAUUGUUAAUAUGUCAUUUAUACUCAGUCUGUAGUAUUGUUACUGAACUAACCGCAUUAAAUAUUCCUUUUCUACCAAGUGCAAUAUUGCUCAAUAUGUCCAUGUAGAGAGGAGAUUAAAAUGUGUGUCCUUGGAAAACCUUUA